AUGGAUACUACCCAUGAUACUGUCUCUGAUGGAGUUGAAGGCGCUACUCAUGUCGCUGACGAUGGACUGCGGCCCAACUCCGAGCGGCCUUCCUCCCCGGAUUGCAAUCCAGAGCCGGAAGUGCAUUACAGGCGCAAUAUGUCUACCUCAUCCGCCUGUCGUCUACCACCAGAGAUCCUAUCUCACAUCUUCACGCUCGAUGCUGAGAAGCACAAAUCACUUUGGAGCUUGAAAUGGACUCGUCUCAUGCUAGUCUGUCGCCGCUUCAGAGAGAUCGGCCUUCAACAUUGCGAACUCUGGAGUUAUAUAACCCUGCGGAUUACAUCUGAUUCCGACCACGAUGGUCUCUUGGUUCGACGAGCGCGAGCGAAAGGAGACCCACUCACAAUCAAAGUCCACUACGAUCAAGCGAUGGCGGACUAUCUUGACGUGAUGGGGGGUUCGUUCUGGGACUCCGGGGCAUUGAAAUGGCUGUCGAUCAGCUUUGCGUCGCAGGCACCGUCGCCCAAGGAAUUCAUGCGUGACUUAACGGCACACGUCUAUCCUGAAAUGGAGUGCCUGUUUCUACAUAACCUGGAUCGUUCCCAGGCUACGAACUGUGAGGAGAUCAUUUCUUCAUUCCUUACCGUGGCGACCGCGCCCAAAUUGAGAUCUCUCGGCCUACCCUUUGUACCUAUGGGAAUGGCCAUAGAUCUCCCCUCCCUCCGAUCCUUCUCUAUGUCGACAGUAUCGCUAGAUGAGCAUGUCAUCACGAAUUUGGCCGCGUUUCUUCAGCGAUGCCCUCGAACGAGGACGCUGUCUUUUAAUCAAUUGGACACUUCUUGGAACGGAGCGAACCUCAACGCCGUGCCAAGCCGUGUUGCCCUACCUGAAUUCGAACACUUACACCAUUUCGGUGGUCUACGGUUCGCGAAUGCGCUUUUGGAAAGUCUCACGCUUCCCCGCGCGAACUCGAUUCUUCUCCUCCUCAACUCUGUGGAAUCACCACAAGAGAUCAAGCGCCUCGCGGACAACGUGAAGGUCUAUCUACACGACUCGGAGGAGGCCAGAGUAGCCGCACACGCGCUGCGGGUGCAUAGAGGCAGCUUUUCGACCUAUCCUCCCCCUGGAUUUGGCGAUAAGUUACCGACCAUGAGCCUUAUGACGGGCGGCAUGUUCGGGUCGGAGAGCGGCCAGCGGACCGUUUCCAUUAUGCUACCCGCCUUCUUAAUCGCAGGAAACCUUGCGGAGGUCGACGUCCGCUUCAGAGGCGACCGUGACUACGAAGACCCACCUAUGGGAGUCCCGAGUAACCUGGGCACUCCAGGUCGUGCUAUACUCUUGGUUCGAGCCGAAGAGUCCGCGCAAUGGACUCUCGACGUCCUGCAGAAGCUUUUACGAGUCGAAACGCGCACGCGGAUCACCGGGAUCUGCGUCGACCUGCUGAUGUGGGAGGAUCACGACCGUAAGGAUAUCAGGAAGGUCAUCAAGCGCCUUUGCGAGUUCGUGUAUAGUGCGAAGGACGCUGGGAAGGCGAUUGAGGUCGUCGAGUUCAUAUGCGGCGAUGCGCCUGAUAAUGUUCUGAGGCUUAUACCGUCGAAGACAUUGGAGAAGCUUGUGACGCUGAAGGUUCAGACAGACGAAGAUACGUAUAGUUCGGCCUCGGACGAAGGAUACGAGGUGUAG